AUGCGUCUGCGUCUCUUUCUUUUUAGAAUACGCGAGAGGGUGUCGCAAGAGGCUGAAGAUGGUGGACAGCCGGAGCAAUCGGUGUCUGCUGGUAAUGGAACAGAGGCUGGCAGAGAGAGUGGUGGGAGUGAGGAGCGCCGUCAAUUGAUGCCCGAGAUGUUCCAGGUUGAAGAAGCCUUCGUCAUACGCUUCAAUGGGCCGAGCGGCCUCAUCAAGAAGUGCACAUAUUUCUUGGAAGCCGUGCAAUGUGUGAGCGACAUACUCAAUGGUUGCAGUCGACUCUUCGAUGAUUCUCACAAUGCCUCUUUCCGGACAGUCAUUCCACCGAUCGUAGUGGAGACCUCAGAGCAGCUAACAAACUAUGCACGCUUCAAUGCAUUGCUGGCAAGCGGUGAUUUGCCUGCUACAUCGUCAUCCCCGUCCAGGUGGAGUACGGCAAUGGAUUCCAAUCUAUUGGAACUACCGAAGAACCCCCGUCAUGAUUGGGUUCCUUACGCUAGCUCCUCCAGUGGUGAUUUCUUUAGUCGGCGUCGGUUUUCCAAGCCGGCACCUCACGAAAGCCUAGUCAUCUGUCUUAAGGACAACAAUCGCAAUCCUCAUAGACUACCCCAUGGCUUUGCACGCUCAACUCAUGAUCUUGAGGAGGUGAUUGACGAAGCCUUCACCAGGGAGCAAGUCAACGAGACGGCGAGCAUACUCGCCGAUCUUUACAACAAGUGGCCCUGGGGGAACAUCACGCCAACCCAAAAAAAGGUCCGAAAUUGUUUGCUUAGGAUUGCUCGCCAAAAGGUAGUGCCAAAUGCACCCUUGUCCUUCAACAGUGUUGGAUCGAGACGUGGUUACAAUCUCGAAUUUUUCGAAUUAGACAUCGUUUUCGUAGACGUCACCAACAUUCUAAAUGAUGCCGAAGGAAAUCCUCAAGCCAAGUCUCAUGUGUCGGUGUAUAUUCCUAUACCAUCCAUAAAUACAAAGCUUUCUAUACCAGAGAUACCCAGCCAGCAUACUUUCCGUAGACCAGAGAACGAAUCCUUCGAUGAGAUGACUUUGACCACCCAAGAGAGACAGGCCUACCACGUGGCUCAGUACGUGCUAUUCAAGUUGCAAGAUAAGAUUGGUACAAAGGAUCAAAUAAGCAAUUGGGCGGAACGCAUUAUAGGUCACUUUACAACGACUCACAGAGACACUAUAGGGCUCUAUCGUAACAGAGCGUUUUACAGAGUCGGAUUACGUGACGGGGCAACAUCUAUCAUGCCUCGUAAGAACUUACCGAAGGAGGUCAAAGAAAUGCUCUCCGAUAUCGUUCUCUCAGGCGCCUCAAAGCGACGACUUCUCAAUAUCCUGCAGAUAUUGAAUCAGAUAUUCUUUGAUACAGGAGACCUAGAACGGGCAUGGCUGAGAGCCUGUCAGGUAGCGGACGUGCUAAAUGAGAAUCCGGAACACCAACCGUUGCUCUGUACCUGUGAUGAGGAGUCAGAGAAAACCACCCUUCAUUUAUGCACAACUUGUCAUGCCCCUACAUUCUGCCAACAGACUAUUUUCGAUGGUGACUCUCACGAAUGCGACUCUUGUCGCGAGCUAAACGCCGCUCAGCUAAAUCAGCAAGUCGCGGCUCCCCAUGCCUUGCUAGAAGAACGCUCAGCUCUCAUAUCUCGACUGAGAGGAAUGCAUAAACGCGAGUGCGACAGAUUGGGCCUUGAUGAAGCCUUCACGAGCCUUGAAUUUCAACAAAUAUGCUCACGAUUGCAACAAGAUGGAACCACAGCACUUUGGCGGGACGCCUAUACUAAUCUACUCCGACCUGACAGAUGUACGAUCAAUACGCGUGCCGGGAAUCCUUUUGCAGCCAGUGCCGACGCCGUCUUUCCCUUCUCCAGACGAGGGAGAGACGAGCUUGGCCUUCACACACCAGAUAACAUCGCUAUUACCGCGAAUUUCAUAAAUCGGCUAAAAUGGACGUACGUACCAGCCUUCCUGCAAUUGAUCAAGGAUUUUCGUUCCGACACCAUACACAACGAAAAGGCAAAGUGGAGUCGGACCGCAGAAGCCUUCUGGGUUUCGGAAUUUGACAAAAUCUAUUGGUCCGGUGUUCAAUGGCCCAUGAAACAGGCAAGCCGCCUAAAGAUGAUCGUCAACGAUCAAGAGCUUCAAGCUAUCACAGGGCAAUUCAGAGGCCUUGUGUGCCAGUCAGACACACAAACAGAACCGUGGCGUCACCUUCAGAUACCCUUUCUUAGCCCUCAUCCAGGUUGGAAGCCUAAUGGGCACGAGCGAAUCGCAAAACUUGUCCACUCCAUCGAAUGUCGUUUUGGCAGGCUGUUGUCCCGAUCGCACGACGACUGCCCCUGGCCGUUCGCGAGAACGACUAUCCCAAGAAAUUGGGAUUGGUGGACUUGUUGGUCUAUUUUCAGUGAGCGCGCAGUGAGAAUGUGGUUAGUGUGUAAUAGUUGCUGGGUUCAAGUGGACUGCACAGAAACAAUUUUCUUAGAGUGCAUCUGGCAAGGCUGUAAUAAGAAGAACGGCGGCGAUCUCUUAGGCGUUCCGUUACUUUGCUGCCCCCGACAUCCUCUGAAUUUUUCCCUCGGCCACAAGAUCCACAGGCAGCAGUUGAGGACUGGUUGGAAAAGGCUUCCAACAAGCCUAGCUGAUAGAGAUGAAACUCUGAACAAUUGUCUCGUCGAGUCUUGGCCAUGGAAUUGCUCAAAAGCGAAUUUUCCCGCGUCUAAUUACGACCAAAUGAUUAAGGAGAUUGACGAGAUCUCCAUCAGUGAGGAUUUAUAUGAUCCAUAUCAUCCAACAACUGUCGUCCAAAGCCCUAUCGCACCGACUUACGAACAGGAUAUUGGGGACGAGAUUGAGAGUGACUGGUUGGAACCUGACAACGAAAAUGGCAUGGAGAAGCCUUCCCCCAAUCGCGAAGCAUCUUCGUCGGCCGCAACCACCGCCUCAAAUCACCCUCCCUCACCACCUUCCUACAUCGCGACCGCCAUUGGAACAGCUGGUCAACCAAUUGAGAUCACUUAG